UUAUGUUCUAUUUUCCGACCCUAUCAUAAUGUUUAACCUAAAUAUUUUUCUAUAGAUAACAUGGACAACUGUUCUCUUUUACAAACAUUUGGGGCCAGGGCGGAGGAAGAUAAAGAUGGCAGUGAAGGAGAAUCAUCUGAAGAAGAAGUGGAACCCAAACUUAAGUAUGAGAGACUGGGCAAUGAUCUCAAUACCAUCCUCAGCAAGGACUGCGCUAGUUGUAUGGCUGUUGAUUCUAAGUUCCUGGCAGUGGGAACCCACUGGGGUAUGAUAUACAUACUGGACUAUAUCGGAUUCAACAUCAACAGUAAAGAGGUGGCAGCGCACUCCACUACAGUGAACCAGAUCAGUUUAGAUGAUAAUGGUGACUUUAUUGCCAGCUGUUCCGAUGAUGGUAGGGUGAUGAUCACUGGACUGUACACUACAGAAAACAACCAGAGUUUGAACUUUGACCGACCCGUAAAGGCUGUGGCAAUGGAUCCUAACUUCUACAAACAGGGCAGUGGGCGACAGUUUGUCACUGGAGACGACAAGUUGGUGCUGAACGAGAAGGGGUUCCUGAGUCGACAUAAAACGACAAUGUUACACCAGGGUGAGGGGCCAAUACGGGAAAUCAAGUGGAAAGGCAGCUUCAUCGCCUGGGCCAAUGACAUGGGGGUUAAAGUCUAUGACAUGAACUCUCGAUCAAGGAUCACCUUCAUCCCUAAAGGCCAUAGUCAGCGAGCGGACCUAUACAGAUGCAGCAUCUGUUGGAAAGACAGUCGUACAUUUUUGAUCGCCUGGGCCGAUUCAGUCAAGGUUUGUGUGGUGCGAGACCGGGUACAGCAGGAUGUCCGUGACCUACCCAACAGAUAUGUGGAAAUAACGUCCAUGUUUACUGUGGACAGCUACGUGUGUGGUAUUGCUCCCCUCGGGAACGAGCUGGUUCUUCUGACUUAUGAGAAGGACGUUCACCAAGAGGGAGAUCGUCUGGUUGCCCAGCGACCACACUUACAGGUGGUGAAGCCAAGCCUAAGCGACUAUGAGGAGAUAUCUAAUGAUGCCCUGUCCAUCCGUGGGUUCCAGGAAUACAAGUGUAACGACUACCACUUAGAAUGCUUACAUGCAGAGAACCUGUUCUAUAUUGUCAGUCCCCGUGAUGUGAUCGCGUCACGCCUCUGUGACAUGGACGACCACAUAUCGUGGUUACUGGAUCACGAUAUGUUUGAGGAGGCUAUGGAAGCUACGCAGAACAGCGAACUGGAACUGAGGAAACACACACCACAGAUAUAGAACUGAAGAAACACACACCACAGGUAUAGAACUUAGGAAACACACACCAUAGGUAUAGAA